CAGGAUCCAUUUUGUUGCCAUUCAGAGUCGGAGAGGAGAGACAGACCAUCGCACCAUUAAAAUAGUGGUUUCACGAAUUGGUGGAAAUAACGUUCUACCAUCACACAUACUUUAAACGUCAACCUGACACAUAUCUGACAAAGGGCUUUCACCAUCCAAGCCAGAGGAAGUCGAUAUUCGUCUUCUCGGAGCACCGUGUUCCGAGGUGAAUUGAUGUUCAGCUCAGGAACGCGAGAAAACAUCGCUGAUCGGCACAUGAAAACCUCAGACCUUGCUGGACACAAAAGUGCAGCGAGAAGUAGAUCGAAAACUACUUUGAGGACCUGGAGCCCAAUUGGAGAGGAGAAAUUAAGAAAGAAAGAUCUCUGCUCAUUCAAUUUUCUGACAACAAAGAGGUGACAGUAGAGUGCUAGCAGUAUGGGAGGAGGAGAGAGGUACAACAUUCCUGUGUCCCACCCCGAGCGCCCCCUGCCCAAGAAAACCCACCAUCUGGGCCGCGGCAAGCAGAAAGGCCGCGAUGCGACCGUUGUGUCCGCGGUGGCGUUAGCCGGGUUCCACCAGGCCCUCCGCAGGGCCGACAAGGCCCCGCUCUGCCCCUGGGCUGCCCAGGCGCGGCAGGCCGCGUCCCCCGACAAGAGCUCUUCAGUCCGCUUCACCACCAGCUACCAUCACAGCUGGGAGGGUGCUGUGCCCCACCUGAGCAUGCUGCUGGGGGCACAGGGCGGGGUGAGCUACGCGGGGGCCAAGUUCAGCGAGCCACCCUCCCCCAGCGUGCUGCCCAAGCCCCCCCACCACUGGACGACCCGGCCCGGGGACCACCGCGAGAUGAUGGCCUUCCAGUUGAAGAGUCUCCUCAAGGUCCAGGCCUGACCCCACUCCCCCACCCCCACCCUGGACCACGGCCUCCCAGGGCUCGCCCGCCUGCAACGCUGCAGCGCUGUAAUACACAUACCUGUUUAGACGAGGCGCCACCUAGAGGUGGGAGGUCAGGCAUGGUGGGCCUUCAUGGCCAGUGUUCGUCACCCGAUGGUUUAUGUAGGAUUUUAAACAAGUCUACAGAUAUUACAGUGCUGCAGCCUUGCUGGUGGGUGCUCUCACUGGAGCCGGUUUCUGUAACUAACAAUGAACUGGAUAUCCUCUUGAGCUUUCUCUUGUUUAGUUCUUUAUUUGGUGGCUGUUGCAGUCGUGAGCCUUUCCUCCUCGUGGUGGAAGACUCCUCCCUGUGGUGGAAGACUCCUCCUCGUGGUGGAAGACUCCUCCUCGUGGUGGAAGACUCCUCCCCGUGGUGGAAGACUCCUCCUCGUGGUGGAAGACUCCUCCUCGUGGUGGAAGACUCCUCCCCGUGGUGGAAGACUCCUCCCCGUGGUGGAAGACUCCUCCCCGUGGUGGAAGACUCCUCCCCGUGGUGGAAGACUCCUCCCCGUGGUGGAAGACUCCUCCCCGUGGUGGAAGACUCCUCCUCGUGGUGGAAGACUCCUCCUCGUGGUGGAAGACUCCUUAUGGUAGUUGUAAUCUCUUGAGGUCCGUUUCUCUGGACAGGUAUUGAUGAACAGUUCAUAGGAGAAGACUAAGGUGCUAAAACCCCACAUUUUGUUGAAUUUUAAAUUCUGACUGGUCUUUUUAAUUUCCCAUUCCCUGUUUCCCUGUGUGUUUUGGGUGGUACAAGCCACGGACUGUUCUGCAGGGAAGCCUGCUCUACUGGAGGUGGCUAUAGUGGGAGUGUGGAGUUUCCCCUCAACCUGAAGUGUAAUAUGAGACAUGGCACGCAGGCUCUGGACUGACACUCCUGUACUUUUUUAUAGCGCUGCGCGCACUGCACUAUAGGAGUGUCCAUGUCAGGGGCCCCAAGCUCAGUCGUGGCAUUAUUCUGAGAUUCUGUUUAGCGUCGUAGUGUAAAAGAAGGUGAUAACUGUGGGUCCGUUGUGUGUCUUAACCAAAGCAAUGUUUUUAGCUGUACUGUUGGACCUGGUCCCCAGGGCCACAUCCUCCACGGCCCCCACAGCGGGGUGACCAGCAGGGUGUCCUCCAGCCACGUCUCUGGCACCCCCCGCAGGGUGAGCGGGAGGGCCGUCCCACUGGGGCCCCAGGACUGUUAUGCUUCUGGAGCUCCAGCUGGGGUGGCCUGCCUGCGGGGGGGGUUAGGGUGGAGGGUGGGAUUAGAGGGGGAGGGGGGUGGGUGGGGUCGGGCAUGGUGUGGCCCAGGCGGACGCAGGGUCGAUCCGGAGGUGUUUACAUUUAGAAGCAGGUCUCAGAAUGUGGCCGCACUGCCUCUUGCACUGCAGUCAGAUCUGUGUUCAUGUGUUACUGGCCAACAUGCAUUCCUGUCAGACGUGCGUUAUUGACUAUCUCCCGGUGGACUGUGGCGGCACGGCGGUGUCUUGUUCCUCUCCUGUAGAAUGCAAACUGUAACGGCCAGUUUAGGGAUGACUAAACAAGCGUUGAGAGCUUGCAGAUAUGUUAAGAGCCAUGUAAAUAAGGAAAUGUAUAAGAAUACUUGUAGCAUAUGUACAUUUUGCAGGGCAAUUUUAAACCUGCUUGAUAAAGUAUUUUUAGUAAUACACUGAAUGUAUAAGUCAUGCUAAGGACUUGACUUGACUUCAAAUGCUGAAGAUUAUUUUUGUAAAAAAAAAACAUGAAAACGACCUGCCUCCGGCAUGUCAAUACCCCAGCACUGUGUCCUGCUGCCAGUGAUCUUGCACAUCAUGUUGUUAUUGUUUUGUAUCAUGCACAGUGUAGGGUAUAUGAUGCUGCUGUGCACAAAGAAAAACUCACAUUUCCAUUACUUAAGGAGACUUUGAUAUGUAUGAAUUGUUCCUUUAUUUCUGAAUGCUCUUAUAACUUGAAAGCUUUUUUUGUUUUCAUUGUCUUAACCUUAUUGUGCCUGCCAUGGAUUCCAAAAUUGAAAAGUGAAGUUAUUGAACUGUAACAAGUAGAUUUUGUGUUUUGGUAGGUACAGUCUAGACAGUUCUACAAUGAUGAUACAUUCAUGUCUGGUUGUGCAGCCAGCCUGAUGUGUGUGCCCUCCCCGCUGGGCAGACGCAUCACGUUGGCUGGUACGGAGAUAUUUACCACCAGUUCCUGCUUUUAUUUUGUGUUUAAAAAAAAAAAAAAUGUUUUAUUUUGUUACAAUUAACGAUUCAUACAUGUAUAAGUCUCUUUGAAAGAAAAAAAAUUGUGAACUCCUGAAGUUUAGCAAAUUGGCUGUUAAUUAAUCCCACUUGUUCACGUCACCUGUUAUGAAAUGCCCAAUGACAAGUUUAUUCAAUUUGGAAAAAGAGAAAAAUACGUUUUUAAUUGGUAAAGACUAAAGUAUAAACCAAAAAAAAUAAAUCCCUUCCCUCCCCCUAA